CUUAUCUGACAAUACAGAAUCCCACGGUAAACCGACUUGUAGGACAAACAAAUCGGUUGAUAUUAAUUGUUCUGUAAAUAUCUUAUCUCACAAUACAGAAUCCCACGUAUCUUAUCCGACUGGUCUUAUACUUGUAAUUUUCUAAAUACUAUUGGUAAUGAGUUGCGUCGCAGAAGAUAAUUUGGUGGAAGUUAAAGUAUUAUUUUUUGCCAAAGCGCGUGAAAUUUCUGGAUUAAGCUCAACAACUUUUAUUACUGAACAACACAUACACGUAUCGAAACUCUUAAACCAGAUUUGCCAAAAAUUUGCAGUAGAUAGUAUAAGGGAUAGUUGUGUUAUAGCAAUAAACGAGUGUUACUGUGAUAAUUUAGUAAAUCUUCAAGAAGGUGACGAGGUUGCUAUUAUUCCAGCUAUUAGUGGAGGGUAAAAAGGUAUGGCUAAUUU